GCAUUCUCGUGACUUCCUUGAAUCACGUACCUUCUUCAUAUUCUCUCAGACAUUAUAAGAUCUCUCCCUUUCCCGAACAUCAUCAUCCUUUCUCAGCCCCAUUCUCAUUCUCAUCAUCAGUUUUAUCAGUUUUGCCGACAUCAUGGCUAUUCUUCGUGCUUGUACUACUCUUGCAUGUGUUGCUGCCGUUGCUUCGGCUAGACAACUUCCUAUCGUUGCUGCUGAUGAUUAUCCUUCAACUCCUACAUAUCCAGUGUAUACUGGACUGUCUUACAACACUACCAAUGGAACCAAUGGCACCACCAUCGACACCAAGAAACUUCAAGCAGACAUUGACAUCACCAAGUUGGUUGCCCGUGCAGAAGCACUAGCCAAAGUUGCAGACCUCAGUCUUCCUGAGUACAACCACCCUACCAGAGUCAUUGGUAGCAAGGGUCACGUCGGAACUGUCGACUACAUCUACUCAGAAAUCGCCAAGCUCGGCGAUUACUACAACAUUACCAAUCAGACAUUCCCUGCUGUCACUGGUAACAUUUUCGAGGAGCGUUUGGUCAUCGGGCAUGAUGUCCCCAAGUCAGCGUCAGCUAUGAGCCUGACACCUGCUACUAAAGGCCACGAGCCCGUCUACGGACAACUUCUCUUGGUACCAAACGGAGGCUGCUCUGCUGGUGACUUCCCCGUUAACAUGACUGGUGCCAUUGCCUUCAUCAAGCGUGGUACCUGUUCUUUCGGUGACAAGUCAGCCAAUGCUGGCAGAGCUGGAGCAGAUGCCGCCGUCAUCUAUAACAACGCUGAAGGUGAUCUUUCUGGAACUCUCGGCUCGCCUUCGCCCAACCAUGUGGCUACCUUCGGUAUCUCUGCCGAGGAGGCUGCUCCUUAUGUUGCAAGACUUCAAAAUGGUACCAAGCUGGACGCAAUUGCCUACAUAGAUGCUACUGUCGACGAGAUCGAAACUACCAAUGUCAUCGCCCAGACCACUGCCGGCGACCCGGAGAACUGUGUCAUGCUCGGCGGUCACAGCGACAGCGUGGCUGCUGGCCCUGGUAUCAACGAUGAUGGCUCUGGAACCAUUUCUCUCCUUGAGGUUGCCACUCAACUCACAAAAUACGAGGUCAAUAACUGUGUUCGCUUCGCUUGGUGGGCAGGUGAAGAGGAAGGUCUGCUCGGAUUAACCUACUACGCCGACAGUCUUUCCGCCGCCGAGAAUCUGAAGGUCCGCCUCUUCAUGGAUUACGAUAUGAUGGCUAGCGUUAAUGGAGUCUAUCAAAUCUAUAAUGCCACCAACGCAGAAAACCCUGUCGGCUCUGGUGAGCUCCGUAUUCUUUACGAAGACUGGUACAAAGAGCAAGGUUUGCCUUACACUUACAUUGCCUUCGACGGCAGAAGUGAUUACGCCGGCUUCCUUGACAACGGUAUUCCCAGUGGUGGUAUUGCUACUGGUGCUGAGGGUGUCAAGACUGCUGAGGAGGCUGCUCUCUUCGGUGGCGUGGCUGGAGCAUGGUACGACCCUUGCUACCACCAGCUUUGCGAUGAUAUCACCAACCUCAACCUGACUGCUUGGGAGGUCAACACCAAGCUCAUCGCUCACUCCGUCGCCACCUACGCAAAGUCCUUUGACGGCUUCCCUAAGCGCACACCCGAGAUUGAGGAGAGAUCGCUCUCGAGCUCAAAGAAGAGCAAGCCUCUUUUCAAGUACAAGGGCAACGAGCUUGUUAUGUAAACUUCUUCCCGAUACCCUAAAACUGAUAGACAUGUAUGAAUUGUUGUUUUCAC